UAUUAAAACAGGAUCUUGCUAUGUAUAUAUCCAAGGAUGGAAGUUAAGAUAUUGUUGCCUGAGUCUCACAAUGUUGGGACUUUAGGUAUCUUUCACACGCAACUUUUUAAAAGAAUGGUAUUUAAUGAACAACUUUUGCUAAGGAUGAUCCACUGUUGUGAUAAGAUUAUAUUAUGUACAUAUAUGUGCAUAUAUGAUACCUCCCCUUUUAUAACUGUGAUCCUUGCCAUUUCUAUAUUGUUUGAUGGCAGCAAGGCUGCUUGUGCCUCUGGCUAGUGGAUGGUUUGCAAGUCCUAACAAGUCCUUCCGACUCCGACUCUUGGGUAGUGGUAGUUACCUCACAGGAAGAACUGGAGUGAUUCUAUUAGGAAACAUUUGUAGGAACAGUUUCCUAUUCUUGGUGUCAUUACCACAGAGCAUUAAACAUGACAAAGUCCUGCAGAAAAAUGGCCUUUACUGGCCAAUAGAGUCUGAAAUCACAGCAGUAACAGAGGAAUCAAUCCCCGUGAGACUAAAAAUACAACCCCACAGUACCCAAUGGUGAGGAGUCAUCUCCAAACAUAAUCCUUAGAAACAGCAAACCUGGAUGCAGUUAAAUAGUUUCAAUUAGCAGAAAUAUUAGCAUGUGGUUUGGUAGCUUCAUUCCCCUUUUUUUUUUCCUGAAAAGCUGUAUCUUGUGUGGUACACGGUGAAGUGAAACAGUAUAACCAGAAAGUUCUAGUCUUAACAAAAUGACAGAUCAAAACCAUGUCAUACAGAAAGUUGAAAUUAUCUAAUACUUGGGAUAGCCCUUUAAAAAGUUAACUCAGUAAAACGGGCUUUUAUUUUUGGGGUUUUAUAAAUUCUUUUGGUCUUUUUUUCCCCAGGUCAAAUAAAGCAAGUGUUGUUUUUAAUGAGAGGGUGAAUAACACUGCACACUGUAAUAAGGGUACUGAAAAUGUUACACACAAUUAGAUCUUUUUGUUUGGGGGAUUUCCGAAUUUUUAGAUACUGCUCAAUUACCUUGUUAGAGAAACACUCCAAAGAUGCUAAAUUUGGGAUUUAAUGGUAUUGUGGUACUAUCCUUACCUCACCACUUACUACUCCCUGAAUCUCUCUUCUGGAGUAUAAAUGAUGGCUAACAAUAUCUAAGUCAAGCGUUGAAAAAGAAUAGGAUGUUAUAGCCUAGGACAUUCUGAGUGCUCAGUUAGUCACAGUGUUAGCUGCCCCUGAGUGCCACAGUCCUCCUCUGGAGAUGGUGGAAGGCAGGUGGCCAGGGAAAUGGCAUAUUUCUCAACUUUCCCCCAGCAUCCUUCUUUGAAAGUAGUCCACCCAUGCUUGUUAAACUACUUUCUAUUAACUCUGUCAAUAAUAAGGGUGAACUAUUUUGACUGAGGAGUACCAGAUUUAACUAAGUGAUAUGAAGUAUUUAUUUCAUUGCAGUUGGAGGGACUCCUCAUUUUCACUAAAGGACAACUGCUAUCGUCUAUGAUACACUGUAACUACAGAAAAUUCCAUUUACAAUAUUUAGGCAGGUUCAUCUGUUACUUGAAGGAAAAUAUGUCAGCAAAAGUUUUGAAACAGUGCACAAGUGGAAAAACGAAGUAAGGUGAGAAAUGAGAAUGAUAAUCUCUAAUGGGCAAUGGAUCAGAACAUAUUUGUGUCCAAGAAUUCGAUUCUCUGCACACGGAGGCUGAAAUCCAGAGAGACACUAACAGUCUUAAAUCAGGAACUGGGUAGUCUUGAACCAUCUGGCUGACAAGGCUCAAGAGAGCUUCAAAGCCCCCGUGAAAAAGAUUGUUUUCUUUUUAGCUUCUUUGCCUACUGCAAUUCAUGCUGUUUAGUGUGCACUGUCAACUUUUAAAAGAAAAUUAGCCAUCCAGCCGCCCUUAGCCCAUUGGCAUGCACUUCGGAAUAUUCCUUUUAAAAAAUAAAUUAUGUGCAAAUGUGUUCCGAUUACCCUUUAUCCCCAAAUUCGCUCCAGAACAGAAAAUCACGCUCAAACUAUAUUCAAGAUGUGCCCAUGAAGGCCCAGACCCCGAGGCAGGAGCAGGAGCAUCAUUCACGUGUCAAGUUCACGCCCUCCUACAGGUCAAUUUCAGCGGAGCCCGGAAAGUACAUUAUGAUUUCUUUAUAAUGAAACCCAACAUAUCCAGAAAGAAAUCAGGCAGUUUCCAAGGAUUCUGUCCAGCAGCUAGUUUCACCGACCCUGUCCAGAGACGGGGUCCCUCCUCGGGAAGGUUGGCAUCCUUUCCGUCCGCCUUGGGCGCCCGGCUUGGCGCACCAACUGUCCUCGCGGGUCGCAGCCCCGCCUCAGCGGCCGACCAAUGGCUGAUGCCUCUCUCCUGGCCAUCCCGUCUUCCGGUGUCACACUAGCCAAUAGGAAUGGCCGUAUGGAGCCAGCAGCCAAUGGGAACUCGGGGAGGCGGAGACCGGUCCUCCCGCGGUGGAAGCUGGGCCUCCGCUCCGUUGCCCGGGAGCCGAGGCCGCCGAGCCGCCGCCCACAGCCGCGAGUCCCUUAGAGUGAGGGAUUUCAAACACCCCGAAGCCGCAGCCGGCAGCGUCCCGGUACUCCUCGCCUCGGGCCGUAGCUGUCGGUCGGGCUCGGGGAUCGGGCCGGUGAUCUAGGCAGGAGCGGGAGGCGUCCACUUGGAGGACUCAUCUGAGCCGUGUGAUCGCUGUGUGUACACAGUGAUCUCUGUGGAUCUCAGCUCACUUUACCAUCUAUGAGAACCUGGGGAUAAAGAAGGAUUUCCAGCCCUGGAGGAGUCCUGACCAGUUAGAGAAGAAAGUAUAUCUUGUGUUGACGGAUGUGGACUACAGACACAUUGUGAAGAAAACAAACUGCACAUAAAUAAAUAUUACCAGGAAACCAAGACUCCAAAAAUACUCCUCAGUAUUUUCAUGAACCUGUAAACUAUGUGACUAGAGGCCGUUUUUCCAAAGGAUGGGGGAAAGGGCCGGAAGUCCAGACACGGAUCAGGAGAGAAAGGCAGCCAAGCACCACUACUCCCACUACGCGUCUGACUUUGGGUCCUCACCACAGUCUUCUGACCAUUCGUCACCCAUCAGUUUACCUUCGUGUCCAACUACGAAGGAGAAGAAUCCCAAAAGACAGUUGUCAGAGAACCAGGUGCAUCACCAAGUCCUUAGGAAAGUUAGCCCUAAGGCUGUACCCAGCAAAAAGGGAGCCCGAGUCGGAUUUCGGUCCCAAAGCCUCAACAGAGAGCCGCUUCGGAAAGAUCCUGACAUCGUUACAAAGCGAGUUCUUUCAGCAAGGCUUCUGAAAAUCAACGAGCUGCAGAACGAAGUGUCUGAACUGCAGGUCAAGUUAGCUCAGCUGCUCAAAGAAAACAAGGCUUUGAAAAGUCUUCAGUUUCGUCAGGAGAAAGCGCUGAAUAAGUUUGAAGAUGCAGAGAGUGAAAUCUCGCAACUUAUACUGCGUCAUAACAAUGAGAUUACUGCACUCAAAGAACGCUUAAAGAAAUCUCAGGAGAAAGAGCGGGCGACUGAGAAAAGGGUGAAGGAUACAGAAGGUGAACUAUUUAGGACGAAGUUUUCCUUGCAGAAACUGAAAAAGAUCUCUGAGGCUAGACACCUCCCAGAACGAGAUGAUUUGGCCAAGAAACUGGUCACGGCAGAGUUAAAAUUAGAUGACACUGAGAGAAAAAUUAAGGAGCUAUCAAAAAACCUGGAGCUGAGCACUAACAGUUUCCAGCGGCAGCUGCUUGCUGAACGGAAAAGGGCAUUUGAGGCCUAUGAUGAAAACAAAGUUCUUCAAAAGGAGCUACAGCGGCUCUAUCACAAGUUAAAGGAAAAGGAGAGAGAAUUGGAUAUAAAAAACAUAUACGCUAAUCGUCUGCCAAAGUCCUCUCCAAAGAAAGAAAAAGAAGUUAUUGCAAGAAAACACGUAUCAUGCCAGAGUGACUUUACAGACCUGUGUACAAAGGGCGUGCAGACCACUGAAGACUUUGAGCUGGAAGAGUUUCCCAUUACACCACAGACAGUUCUGUGUUACGAAAACAAAUGGAAUGAAACAGAGUAUCUUUCUUCGUACCUGGAAUACCAAGAGCAGAACGAGCGUGGAGCAGAGAUUCUACUUCCAGCUUUGGAAAAAGAAGAACCGCGCAGUGAAGAUCGGGAGGGAGGCUCUGGCAAGCAGGAGGCUUCGGGGAAGCCUGAGAGGGAAUGGGAAAGAGAAGAACUUGAUAAAGUGAAGAGUAAGUCAUCUUUGCUAGGAAGAGCAGAGAAGCCAGCACUGGACACUGGAAGGUUCCAGAUGGAAACGUCUCAAACUCAGAAUGCUGAUAAACUCGAAGACGAGGCAGAAAGACUAAAGACAGAAAUGCUUCUUGCCAAACUGGAUGAAAUCAACCAAGAACUCCAGGAUCCACAGAACCUCAACCGGCCCCCUUUGCCCUUGCUCCCCAACUUUGAAUCAAAACUGCUUUCUCCAGACAGAAGCCCCAAAUCAUACACAUUCUCCGAGUCUUCAGACAGAUUUAACGGACAUCAUUUGUCAGACAUGAGUUUUUUAACUCCCAGAGGAGAAGGCCGGAGCCCAGGACCAAUUCGAAGCCCGGGCCCUCCAGAUGAGUUUGCAUUUGGUAGCUAUGUGCCUUCGUUUGCAAAAAUGUCAGGGAAGUCCAAUCCACUGAGCCAAAAAAGUAGCCUUUUAGAUUUCCAAAACAACAGUUUGGAAAGCCCGAGGAAAGACAAUGUAGAUUUCAUUUUGAGGAAAGAGAAAAAGGCGAACCUGAUGGAGGAGCUGUUCGGCGCCAGCGCCAGCGCCGGCACCGCCACCGUCUCCUCCAAGAGCGGUGGUGACCCAAACUUUCUGGCUGCCAGCAGAGGAGACUUGGACCCUCUUAAUUUCCCUUCUGGGGAUAAAAGCAGCAGAGUUCGGGAACCUGAUGGUGAAGAUGAAGACUUUUUCCACAGCGAGGGAAGAAGUUUUAAUCCCAACAGGCCGCGGCUGAAACACACAAGCAAUAAGCCAACAGUCAAAGCUGCUGACCCUGUUGAUGAGGACAUUGAAGAGGUCACACUCCGAUGACUGACUGGAGCCCGCAGUAUAUAUAUGUGUAUAUAUUUUAAAUUGUAAAUAUUAAAGAAUUUUAAUACAGUAUUUAUUACAAACAUUUUAACUUUUAAUGGUAAAAUAACCUUAUUAGGGAAUAAUUCUUAGCAGCUUAAUGUGGCACAAUUCAACAGAUAGUGCCGUACCACAUAGCCAGGUUGCUAAGAAUGCUUUUUUUGUUUUGAAAUGACCCAAAAGGAGAGUUGUUGCUUCCUUUUUUCUGUUUUUACAGCUGGUCUCACUCACUGAGCUGGCCCCUGUGGGAAGUUUAACCUCACUAGAGUCUUUAUUUCCUACUUUUACCUCUGUUUAUUUUUGGUCAGAUCUCACUGAGCCUAAGCAUUGCCUUCCCACUGAUGGUUAGAUGGAAAUUAAAGGUCUCCGGUGAAGACCCCAGGUAGCAGAGAGUGGUGGGACUUAGGAGCUGUGCCCUUGUCUGAGGUGACAGUCAAACCACUCCUGAGUGUUGGUGGCAACAACAUUGGGACUUCCUCUUCCUCUGGAAACACCCCCCCCCCAGGUGUUUGGGGUGUUUACCACGGUAUGUAAUGAGGUAUUACUCCUGAGGGGCAAUCGGUACUUCUCAGUUACAGUCCUGGAAUUACUCACUGCUGCUCUGCUGGCCACUUAGGUGGGUCACGGGAGACAUUUUUUCCCUCUACGGUGCCCCUCUACGUGGCUCCAGGAGGCUUGGGCACAGUGUCAUGCCCUCCUUUUGUACACUCUGUAUUCUGGUGACCGGUGGAAGAUUCCCUACCAAAUACAGGAAGUAGAAGAAAUGUCAGCUCAACACAGAAUGAUUUUCAGCUCAAUUAUGUUUCCAGAGCCCUAUUUUUGGAAGUUUUAAUACAUAAUUUUAAGAUUUGAACUUGUGCUCAAACCCAGGAGACAGAAGUGUGAUACUCUUGAGUUUACAGGACUGAUGUUGAAGCAACCGUGGUUAGAAAUCUUUAGAAUCGGGACACCUCCUGUGCCGAGUAGACUCAAUAGCUUUCUGUUGAAUGGCACAGUUUCCUUCCACUUAGUUCAAGCCAGAUGCAGAGGCAUUUGCUAAAUAGGACUGGUCCUCUGGACAUAUCAGCCAAGGAGAAACGCUGUAUGUAAUGGCGUAACCUGAGCAUGUGACCAUCUGUUCAUGGUGUGGGUCUUACGCUAGCUAGGCGUUCACACUGACUGGGGGCAGGAGUUCCCAUGGUAUCUGGGGUUCCUCUAAAUUCUGAUAAGACAUUACCUAGUUAGGUCUCUCAUUCCCAGCUGCACAGCCUGCCACCUCCUGGAUCGGCUUCUUGUCACUUAUUGGGAACAGACUCCUUAAAGUGCUAAAUAAUAUUUAAAACUUUUCUCAAAGAAGGUUUUAGAUCUUCUGUGAUAAGCAUUUACUAUAUUGCAAAUCAUUGUAAUAUAUGUAAACAUGUUAUUUGUGAUACAGUUCUUGAUAAAAACAUUAUGCAAUGUUAAUUUUGUUCAUGGCUGCAAGUUUUCUACCAAAGUAUUCUAAUUUUAAUGUUUUUAAACUUUUUCAGAAAAAUUUUUAUUCAUUACUUUAAUUGGAUUUAUGCCUUUUUUUCUACCUAGAAGUCUAUUUAACCCAAUGAGCAAAGAAUUAUUAAAAUUAAAACAAAUUAAGUUAAAAGCUUAAAAGCAUUAUGAUGUUUAGUGUUAGAAUUGGAUAUUAAAAUGUAUGGGACUUAGAGAACAAAUCAGUUUUUUCUAAAUGUCAAGUUAAAUUUAUUUGUACUCAGACCUCUUACUAAUAAAAAUUUUAAACACA